GUCCCAGAAAUUUACCAGCUUCCUAACAAAUCAGAUGAUAAUCAGUUUGAGAUUGAAUACAUAGACAGUCCAGUUAUUGAUCUUAGCCUACUUACAGCUUUAUCGUCAAGCCAACACGAAGAACAACUGUUCUUAGUUCAAUCUGCUCUUAGUGCCUGGGUUGCUUACAGCUUAUUAAACAUGGUUUAUCGAGUUAAUUACUUGAUCAAAUCCGUGAAGUUGGGAAGAAAUUCUUUGAUCUGCAAAAGCAUAGCAGAAUAUUGGAUUCAUUUGAAUGUUAUGGAGAUGAUACAGUUUCUGAGGGUCAGGGUUAUAACUGGAAUGAUAGACUGCAUCUCAAGAAAAACAAGUUGAAGGCCUUCAAGUUCAGAAAGAUAACCAAUGGUUCAAGGCAGCCAUUGUUCCUGAUCCCCUUUUUCAUCAACAUUGGUGAUCAGUUGAGAUAAUGAGUAAUGGCAUAUUGAAGAGUGUAUGUAGUGCACAAGGUGGUGAUAGAUGAGGAGAACGACAUGACAUCUGUGGCUACGGUACUAAUUCCUAGACCUCCUUUUUUUUCCUAGUUGGAAAAUUGUAUCUUUCGCAAUUAACUGAUUCUUGGUUCCUCCCCACCGUCACUCCUCACUCCUCACUCCUCAACAACAAAUUUCCAAAUUAUUAAGCGUGACCAUAGUAAGAUGGUAGACUUGCAUAUAAUUUGAAGGGGCAGUGUCAAGGGUUGAGGAAACGAGGCAUAGCUAUUCUGCCCCUGACCAAGAUUUUGUUUUCCAAUUGCUUAUAAAUCAUGGUGUAUCGAGCUCGUUACUUUACCAAAUUCGUCAAGUUUGGAAGGAAUUCUCUGAUCUGCCUCUAGAAGUGAAGCAGAAACAUCGCGAAACACUAGAUUGGUAUGAAGGUUAUGGAGGUGAUAAAGUUUCUGAGAAUCAAAGUUAUAAUUGGAAUGAUAGACUGCGUUUCAAAGUUCACCCUCUUGAUCAGCGGAACUACAAGAUUUGGCCUGAAUUCUUACCAAAUUUCAGGGAAACAUUGGAGGCGUACACGAUGGAGGUAAGGCGAGUACGAGAAAUGAUUCUGAAAGCUGUUGCAAAAUCAGUGAAUUUAGAGGAAAACAGCUUCUUGAAUGCGUGUGGAGGAAAGGAGAGGAUACAUAUGUUCACAAGAUUCAACUAUUAUCCUCCAUGUUCAUCCCCGGGACAAGUUUUAGGUCUCAAACCACAUUCAGAUGGUUCAGCAGUUACCAUUCUUCUAUAAGACAAUCAAGUCGAAGGUCUUCAAGUUGAGAAAGAUAACCAAUGGUACAAAGUUCCCGUCAUUCCUGAUGCCCUCUUCAUCAAUAUUGGUGAUCAGCUGGAGGAAUAAUAAGAUUGGUUAUAGAAGUUUAUGGUAUUUUACCCGGUAUUCACUCUACUAGUCUUCUCAGUGGUAUUUGGUGGCGUGGCGCUACAUUAGUAUUAUAAAUAACGUAUCCAAUUUACUCCUAUUCUCCUCUGCCUUAUCUCAUUAAUUCAUUAUUGUCAUGUUAGAAUCACAAAGUAAGAUGUCUGCAUCAUCUGUUCCUCCUAUGAAUUUAGAAUUACCAUCAAAACCAGUUCAAGAACUAAUUAAAUCUGCAGACAAAGAGGUCCCAGAAAGAUAUAUUUACCAACUUCCAAACAGAUCAGAUGAUAAUCAUUUUGAGAUUGAAUAUAUGGACAGUUCAGUGAUUGAUCUUAGCCUACUUUCAGCUUCAUCUUCAAGCCAACACGAAGAACUGCGAAAACUUCGAUCUGUUCUUAGUUCUUGGGGUUGCUUACAGCUUAUUAAUCAUGGGUUAUCGAGUUCGUUACUUGAUCAAAUCCGUCAAGUUGGGAAGGAAUUCUUUGAUCUGCCUCUAGAAGUGAAACAGAAGCACAGCAGAACAUUGGAUAGCUUUGAAGGUUAUGGGGAUGAUACAGUUUCUGAGGGUCAGAGUUACAACUGGAAUGAUAGGCUGCAUCUCAAAGUUCACCCUCUUGAUCACCGAAAUUUUAGGCUUUGGCCUGAAUAUUUACCAAAUUUCAGGGGAACAUUGGAAGAGUACACCAUGGAGUUAAGGAGAGUACUAAAAACUAUCUUGGAAGCAAUUGCUAAAUCACUCGAGUUAGACGAAAAUAUCUUCUUGAGAGAGUGUGGAGGAGAGGAAAGCAUAAAUAUGUUCACAAGAUUCAACUACUAUCCUCCAUGUUCAGACCCGAGUCAUGUUUUAGGUCUUAAACCGCAUUCUGAUGGUUCAGUAAUUACCAUUCUCUUGCAAGACAAACAAGUUGAAGGACUUCAAGUUGAGAAAGAUAAACAAUGGUUCAAAGUUCCUAUUGUUCCUGAUGCCCUUUUCAUCAACAUUGGUGAUCAGUUAGAGAUAAUGAGUAAUGGCAUAUUGAAGAGCGUAGUGCACAAGGUGGUGAUAGAUAAGGAGAACAAAAGGACAUCUGUGGCUACGGUUAGUAUUCCACACUCAGACAAGGAAAUAGGGCCAUUUGGUGAGCUUAUUGACAAGGAAAUAGGGCCAUUUGGUGAGCUUAUUGACAAGGAAAGGCCACAGAUGUACAAAAGGAUCAAGAAUUAUUUAUCUGUGUUCUUCCAGUACUAUCCAAGAGGAGAAAGAGCCAUCACUGCUGUGAAAAUUUAGAUAAUGUUAAGUACACAAUUAAUCUUCUGCUAAUUUAGCAAGAUUAUGAUCUCUCUGAGAGGCUUGGCGUAAUGUAAUACACUUAUACACACGUGCAGUCUCGUUAAGUACACAGUUAAUCUUCUGCUAA